UAAAGUGCCUAUAAGCUAUAACAUCCGCAUGCGCUAAUAUCUUUAUUUUCAUAUGACAAGGAAGAAAGUAGAUACCUAAAAAAGUUCAUUUAGGAGCCAAAAGAAGUGACGAAGAAGUUAUGGCGACUCCUUACACCCAAGUCUUUCCCCUUCCACGCCACCAACACUUUCCAAAACCGAACCCAAAUUCGAUAACUGUCACCAACGACCGUUACUUCGCGAAACAUCCACUGGUGUUACUCAUUGAUAAAUGUCACAGCAUCAAGCAGCUCAAACAAAUUCAUGCCCGCAUGCUCCGAAUUGAGCUCUUCUUCGACCCAUUUUCAGCUAGCAAAUUAAUCGAAGCCUCGGCGCUAUCGCAUUUCUGCAGUCUCAAUUAUGCCCAGAAAGUGUUUGAUCAAAUUCCUCAACCAAAUCUCUUCUCCUGGAAUGCGCUAAUUCGUGCCUAUUCUUCUAGGCAAGACCCCAUUCAAAGUCUCUUCAUAUUUGUUAAUAUGCUUUGUGACGGUCGUGACUUUCCCAGUAAAUUUACUUACCCAUUUGUGAUCAAAGCAUCUGCCAAGAUGAAAGCUUUUCGAUUCGGGAAAGGACUUCAUGGAAUGGUAGUGAAGGGAGGAUUUGGUCUUGAUCUGUUUGUGCUUAAUUCAUUGAUUCAUUUUUAUGCUGAUUGUGGAUGUUUGGACGCGGCUUACUUGGUUUUUGAGAAUAUGCAGACAAGGGAUGUUGUUUCUUGGAAUACAAUGAUAUUAGGUUUUGCUGAAAAGGGUUAUGCCGGUGAGGGGUUGAAGUUGUUUCAUAGGAUGGAGGAUGAGAAUGUGAAACCUAAUGAUGUGACAAUGAUGGCACUUUUGUCUGCUUGUAUUAAUGAGUUGGAUUUGGAGUUUGGUAGAUGGGUGCACACAUUUAUUGAGAGGAACGGGAUUAGGAAGAGCUUAAUUUUAGAUAAUGCGAUUAUUGAUAUGUAUAUGAAAUGUGGGAGCAUUGAGGAUGCUGAGAGAUUGUUUGACAAGAUGGGGGAGAAGGAUAUUGUUUCUUGGACAACUAUGCUUGUUGGGUAUGCAAGGGCGGGAAAUUUUGUUGCAGCAAGAAAUGUUUUAAAUACCAUGCCUAGCCAAGAUAUUGCUGCUUGGAAUGCUCUUAUCUCAGCUUACGAGCAGAGUGGUAAACCAAAGGAGGCUUUGGCUGUUUUCAACGAGUUGCAGCUCAUCAAGAAGGCAAAACCUGAUGAGGUAACGCUUGUGUGUACCCUAUCUGCGUGUGCUCAGUUGGGUGCAAUUGAUUUAGGUGGAUGGAUCCAUGUGUAUAUAAAGAAGCAAGGAAAAAAAUUAAAUUGUCACCUCACUACUGCACUGAUCGACAUGUACUCCAAGUGCGGGGACGUGGAGAAAGCACUUGAGGUGUUCCAUUCAGUCAACGUGAGAGAUGUGUUUGUGUGGAGUGCUAUGAUUGCUGGCUUGUCAAUGCAUGGGCGUGGCAAGGAAGCAAUAAGUUUGUUCUUGAAAAUGCAAGAACAUAAGGUCAAGCCUAAUUCUGUUACACUCACAAAUGUAUUAUGUGCUUGCAGCCACUCCGGGUUGGUGGAGGAGGGGCGAGCAAUUUUUAACGAAAUGGAGACCGUUUAUGGAAUUGUGCCUGGAGUGAAGCAUUACGCUUGCUUAGUUGAUAUACUUGGCCGUGCAGGUGAAUUGGAAGAAGCUGUGGAGCUGAUAAGGAAUAUGCCAGUAACCCCUGGUCCAUCAGUCUGGGGUGCUCUGCUUGCGGCAUGUAGAUUACACGGCAAUCUUGAACUAGCUGAACGGGCUUGUAAUCAAUUAGUUGAGUUGGAACCUGAAAAUCAUGGUGCCUACAUACUUCUAUCCAAUAUUUAUGCAAAAUCAGGGAAAUGGGACGAGGUUUCUAUGUUAAGAAAGCUUAUGAGAGAAUGUGGAUUGAAGAAAGAACCAGGUUGUAGCUCAAUUGAGGUCAAUGGUAUUGUUCAUGAGUUUAUGGUGGGAGAUAAUACUCACCCUCUGUCGCAGAAAAUCUAUGCAAAAUUGGAUGAGAUUGCAGCUAGACUGAAGUCUGUAGGUUACAUUUCCAACAAGUCUCAAGUACUGCAACUUAUUGAAGAAGAAGAUAUGCAGGAGCAAGCCCUAAAUCUUCACAGUGAGAAGCUAGCUAUGGCAUUUGGACUUAUCAGUGCGGCUCCAUCUCAACCAAUUCGUAUCGUGAAGAAUCUACGUGUUUGUGGGGACUGCCACGCUGUUGCCAAGCUUCUCUCCAAGCUUUAUGAUCGAGAAAUACUAUUGAGGGAUCGCUACCGAUUCCAUCAUUUUAAAGAGGGGAAUUGCUCAUGUAAGGACUACUGGUGAGCAUUGGCGGAGGCAAGAUCUCCGCUAAGGGGGUUCAAAAAGAAAAAAGUUUAAAAAGUUUGUAGCUAGUGGGAAUUGAACCUAUGACCUUACA